AUGUCCUCCAGCGGCCAGCAGAAUCAGCAAAAGCAAAUCCCCAAGUCGCUCCAGGGGCUAGCAAAGGCGAACAAGGCGACAGGCCUGCUCAUGGCGUACACGGCGGCGUUUCUGACUCUUGGGAAGCUGACGUCCAGUGUUAUCGACUACAUCACUGAGCGUGUCACGCCCUCCUCGCGCCCGGUGCUCGCAAUGCACCUGAACCCUGCCAACUGCCAGUGCCCGCCCUGCCGCUCGAUCCGGGACGGGUCGUACAACUCGCAAGCGCGCAACAUCUACGCCGUGCCCGUGGGCAACUCGCCAAAGGAUCUCUCCAGCGCCGCCGACAGCGUACAGCGCCUGGCCGACGAUAUCGGCAACUGGGCCCAGAAGGGACCGCCCAACACGAAAUCGGCCAUUGCGUUUGAGGGCUCGAAUGAGGAACUGGCCGCUGUCCAGGGGAGGAUCUCCCAGCUGGCGGUGGAGCUGAGGCAGAAGGCGAAUAAGGCGAGUAGCCAGGGAAGUCAGCAGAUUGGGCGGGGUCAGUAG